AUGGAUAGCCUUGCUGCCUACCUCUCCCGACGUUCCAACUCAUACGGAACCGGAACCGCUCCCCAUAGAGUCGCGCCAUACCCUGAGGUGUCAUUCUCGAGCCAAUUCAGCGACGAAGACCACGAGGAGUUGUCGCCAAUCUCGCUGCGUAUUUCCACGCGCAUCAAUAUAGCGUCUGAUGGCAAUCUCAUCGCACUACCCUCUUCCCCAUCCGAGCAAGCCAACUCUAUCGCAAGGGCCGUCGUCGAAGCAAUUCAGGGCCAGGAUUGGGCGACCGGACUACCCAUGAUAGAUGAGAACGGACGGCCAAGACCUUUGAAGCUGGAAGUCGAUGCGGGUAUGACCAUCAAAGUGGACGCCACCUUCGCCCUCGCAAAGUACAGAAUCAUCCGCAACAACCUCACCUUCAUCACCGAAAAGGAGACGGCGUCUGUCAGACUCGGCACCUUUGGAGCAGACCCGCAGCAAACGGGCAAGGCACGACGUAUAACCCUUCUGGCGGCUUUCCCACUUCCGAUAGAGAUUUACCAACGACAUGUCUUGAAGCUUCUUAUUACCAUUUUGUCCACUACAGCUUGA